AGGCAUUAGCUUAAAGCACUUUGUAGAAAAGCACUUUAUGAAGUUUACGGGGCUGCCACAUCCAAUAUGGCGGACGCGCCCACGCCCCCUCUGCUACGUUCGUUGAGGGAAAAACAAAAAAAAAAAACAAACAUUUGGAUGAGCUUUUUAAUUUCUUACGUUCGACAAAGCUGUUACGUGAUUGGCUGGGGUAACUUUUACAAUUAUCUGGACACAAAGCAGUCCACUUAGUUUUUUAUUUAUAUAAGUUUAAAAGGCAGCUAAUUCUAAAAUGACGAGAAAGGAAAUUUUGGGUUUUAUCGGUGAGAUUACAGAUGAUAUGAAAAGAUGAAUUUGCUCCAGGAGGUGGCGGUAAUGAGUCCGGCAGCUGUCUUAAACCCACAAAGAAGAGCUUCACCACGGAAGCUUGCAUGCGCCAAUGGACGCUAGUCGAGCUAUGACUACAUAGCGCAGUUCAUGCCGUUAAUUCACAGCAUGGCUCUAGUUCCGUAUGUAGAAAAUCCGCUACCGGCGCUUUCGAAAUUGCACAAUUCGUCGGCGCAGUUUCGUUUCGCCAACCGCGACAUCCGUCUUGCUCAGGACUGGAAAAAGCUCGGGGUGGCGGCAGUUGUGUGGGAUGCGGCCGUCGUCACGUGCAUGUACCUGGAGCUCGGGGGAGUGGAGCUCAAGGGGAGGCGGGUGAUUGAACUGGGAGCUGGCACUGGACUCGUGGGCAUUGUUGCAGCUCUGAUGGGUGCACAUGUAAUAAUCACAGACAGAGAACCUGCUUUAGACUUCCUCUCCGCCAACGUGAAGACCAACCUACCUGCAGACUGCCGGGGAUCGGCGGUCGUGUCCGAGCUGUCCUGGGGGGAGGGUCUCGAGCGCUUCCCGCCCGGGGGGUUCGAUCUGGUGCUGGGAGCCGACAUCGUUUACCUGGAGGACACGUUCGCGCCCCUGCUGCGGACUCUGGAGCACUUGUGCUCGGACACCACGGCGGUGUUGCUCGCCUGCAAGAUCCGCUACGAGCGAGACACCGCCUUUCUGGGCAUGCUCCGGCAGCGUUUCAGAGUGGAAGAGGUCCACUACGACAAACAAAGAGACAUCCACGUGUAUAAAGCGCAAAAGCUGCCACCAAGGGAGGACUUGUGACAUGAAAACCCCCUCAUUCAGACUCAAAAUUACCAGAAACACAUUUAUUAUUAACAGCUGCCAAAAGUGUAAUAUCUGAAUAGCUCUAACAUAAUGCACUGUUUUAUACAAGUUGGUGCGGACAAUUAGAAAUUGUGAAUAAAAAAAAAAAAUACUGAGAAGCAACAUAAAAAAAAGCAUACUAUUUCAUGACUAUACAUAAUACCUAAAGAAUACAAUAUGGCAUUCCAUUACCAUGAAAAUAUCCAUUUUGUUGACGGGAAUUUUUUUUGUUUGUUUUGGUUGCACUUUACAAUCCUUUUGUGGGGUGUUUGUACUAUUCGACGCUGCACAAAAUGAACAGCGCCCGAUUAAAUGCAUGAUUAGCAACGAGACGGGCAACAUUUUCCUGAUAACUCGGGCGAAAUGUCGUCGGAUUGUAGAUUGCAACAAAAGUGCGCAUGCCGCUUCCCGCGAAGAGAUGACGCCGCCGCCACGCAGACAAAGUCCUGGAUUCGUAAUAGAAACCUACAAACCUCCGACUGUGCAGCGAUUUUGUUACCCUCAAAUUAGACAGAAUAAACUCAAAUUGAAUAAGACAGUAUCAUCUGCAAACAAACCAGGCAGCCAAUGAUUCCAGUGACGUGUAACCACAUUAACAAAGUCGUUGCAUAACAAGUAAGGCUCUUAUUUGUUUGGGUUUUUGUUUCCAAAGUAGUUCGUUCUUUAAAAACAAAAGAAUGGAUUGCAAAAUCCAUAAUCCAAACAAAUGAAAAAUUUAACCAUUUAUUUACUGCUCAUUAUGAGGAACAGUAUUGUCGCAGGAACGUCCACUUGAAAGAUUCGCUGCCGUUCAGUCUCUUUAUAUUUGUUACGCUGCAGUUAACAUGAAAUUCCUUUUACAACUAGCUUUUUGUACAUGUCAGAUGAAGGCAAAGUAAUUUUUUUUUUUUUAAAGUAAAAAUAAAACAAAAAUAAAUGGCAUUUACGGAAGCAUAUAAACUAAUAAACCCAAAAACACAGCUCAAAGAUAAAAAAAAUCCCAUCUACAGU